AAUGCAACCUAACGCUUUGCGUUUUAUAUUGAAGACGCCUCCCAUCGUGUAACCACGACGAAGUGUGCCUAAUAAAUCAAUUUGUAACUUUAAGCUUAUAUACAGGCAUACAGCCCUUUUUGUUUGGUUUUUGAUUUUCUAUUUGACACCGAAGUCUUGAUUCGCGUCUUCGAUCGUAAAGCGCUUUCCAUUUGUGCAACAUUUGACAGUGCAGUGUUAUAAGAAAACAAAAUUUCUCUAAAUUGUUAAUUUUUUACGGAUAGUAUUAUUUUCAUCGUAUUUUUAAUUAAAUUAAAAAAAAAAACAAGUGCAUUGACCUCGGCCUUCAAGUCCUUAAUUAGUCACCACAAACAAGUGCCUCAAACUCCCAAGAAAGCUUAUGGCGAUGUAAAUUGUUCAAUCAUGAAAUUGAGACCACAACUACUGCAACAGCAAGUACUGGUUCCAGUCCAAGGCUAAUGAAUAAAAGUGGAGGAAUGCACAUUUUAUUAAUUUCAAUACAAAACAACAAUCUCUCCAAGAGGAAGAAUCAUUUCAGCACCGGGUUUUAUUUUAAGGAAAAGGAGCCAACAACAACAACUAACAAAAUCAUCUGAAUCUGAAAGACACUAAGCAAAACAGCAGCAGUGCAACAUGGGUGCAAGUUGUUAUUUACCACAAAUAAACAUAAAAACAACAUCAAGAGUAGUUAUUUUUGUUUGGAUAGUAAUUGCCAGCGUUGUCGUGCAACUUUCACAUGGCCAGGUCGAAAUGACAACGACAAUUUCUAGCACCAUCAUCAACGAAACGUCAAGGGCUUACAAAAACAACUACCAAACCAUAACCAACAAUAAAAUCAACAAUAAUAAUGGUGGGCGGUUUUCAUCCCUAGAGAAAGAAGUAGUUGAACGUUUGAUAAAAGAAUGGGCUCCAGUGGUAUGGCUUGCACCAGAGGAAAAAUUCAUGCCAUUAGGAGUAGAAGAGUUUCUUGGAAAUGUUCAUGCAGUGGAUAAGGGAAAUGCCGAAACUGAAGUGAAAGGAAUGCCAAUAGGAGACAAUUCGAAGAAAGCUUACUUGGUUACAAAUGCUGAGAUAGAUGAACUCUUAGAAAAUGACGGCUCAUUUCUUCAUGGAAAAGAUCCAAAUCAGCAUCAUGUACCAAUUUAUGCUGUUGUUCGCUUAUGCAGCAACUUUAUGGAAUCACCAACUACAACAACAUCUACAGCAACACCAAAUACGAGCUCACCAUCGCGCACUUGGGUAUUAUGGUUAGAAAAUUAUUUUCUUUUUAUAGUAAAACCACUUUUACCGCCACAAAAGCCAAUACCACAACCCCAACGAAGAGUUCCCUACAUUCCAGUAUCGAUUAACGAAUCAGGAGAAGCAAGUAACACAAUUCGAAGAUCGUCAAGGCUUUUCCCGGGUUUUUCCCGCAAUCGACGGCGACGAGAAACAUCAAAGUUCUUUGAGAAAAGAGGAACAAUUCAAGAAAACGCAGAGAAUAGUCCUAUUUCGACAACAUCUCAAAAACCAACAACCGACAAUCAACCAAUUUCAACAGAGAAAGAAGUCAGUGAGUUUAUUGCGAAUCUUGUGGAUAAUGUUAAAUUUAAUGGCGACAGUGGAAUGAAUAAUAACAUAAACGAAGACAACAUUGAACCACAGAAAAACAAAGAAAAUAUUCCAGCAUUUCAUGUGACAUUUUGGAUGUUCUACCCAUAUAGUCAAGGCAAGACUAUGUGCACAGUUAGUUUGGGAGUUUUGGGGAGUAUUCCCUUUCCAGCUGUAUAUGGUUAUUGUUUGGGUAAUCGCAAGGACAUAGGUAGCCAUGUUGGAGAUUGGGAACACAUGAGUCUGUAUUUUGAUGGUACAAAUGCUCAUCCAAAGGAAAUGUAUGUUUCUGCUCAUGAUGCUGGAGCUUAUUAUACCUACAAUCAUUUGACGGGGUCCUUUGAGUUUCGAAAGCAAGAAACGAGGAAAGGAAUUUUGCAACGUCCAAAUUUUCCUAAAACUGUUACGACAUUUCUCAAUCAUCCUGUUUUGUUCGCUGCAAAGGGAUCUCAUGGUUUAUGGACAGCACCAGGAAAACACAGAUUUGUGAAAGUAGCUCGUCUCUAUGACGUCAAUGGAUUUGGUACUCCAUGGCAUACAUGGAAAGCAGUAGAUGUUUCAUAUGAAAAUUUAAGAACAGCUCGCUCAUUUGUUCCAAAUUGGCUUAAUUUUAAAGGGAAAUGGGGUAACCCAAAAAGUAAGUGUCAUCCGUUGCGAAGGAUAGGUUUAAACUUCUGCGAAUAUUCAGAUGGACCAACCGGAAUACCACUUAAGGAACCCCAUUUUCAAUGUGAUGCACCCAAUGUAUUAUAGUGACUUAAGAUAACUUAUUUUUAUCUGAUGUUGUAUUCUUUUAAAUUAAUUUAUUUUUGUGUAUUUUUUAAUUACUGUCUAGAAUUUAUAAGAAUUUAUUUAUUGAAGAAACAAAUUAAAGUA